UAAUUGCCUGCCCUUCGCAUUGUACUGGCUUUUCUCCUUUUCUUUGCUCACCUGGCACUUUACCCUUCUGUAUCACUGAGUAACCUGUUGAACUGGAGUAAAAGUUCAGAUAUGUAUUGCACGGCUUGAAGACUUUUAAACGACUCUCGCGUAUGAAAUGUUCAUCCCACUGCCUGGCUGUGAUUCAGUCUCAGCGCUUCCCACUUAAAGCUGCUCUAUGGAGGAUGGACGACUCGCCGGCGAUUCCUCGGAUGGACGAGAUGAUUGUUUCUCCACGCAGAGAAGGACAACGCCGGAGUUCAGAGUCUACAAGAGAAGAUGGUUCAUAUUACUGGUACUUUGCGUGCUAAACUGCUCCAAUUCUGUGGUAUGGCUGACAUUUGCCCCUGUGGCGGAUCAGAUAGCUAAGCAUCUACAUGUGACUCUGGACAAGGUCAACUGGCUCUCUUUGGUCUACAUGGUGGUGGCCAUCCCUGUGAGCCUCAUCACCACGUGGAUGCUGGAUACAUGGGGACUACGGCCUACCAUGAUCCUGGGUUCGUGGCUCAACAUGGCCGGCAGUGUACUGAGGGUUGUGGGUGUUCUCAGCUAUCUGCCAGAGUAUAGCAUGUUCCCAGUGGUGAUGGCAGGACAGACUCUGUGCUCUCUGGCUCAGCCUCUGGUGAUCUUCUCUCCAACCAAACUAGCAGCUCUGUGGUUCCCCGAGCACCAGCGUACUACAGCUAACAUGAUCGCCUCAAUGUCAAAUCCCUUUGGGCUGCUUUUUGUUUAUAUAUUCUCCCCACUGAUCCUCAGUAGAACCAACAGUAUUUUCAUGCUGCUCCUUAUAUAUGCUAUACCUGCCAUCGUCAUCUGUUUCCUAGCAACAGUGGGCAUCCAGGAGAGUGUUCCCCCAACGCCACCUUCUGCCAGCGCAGACACCUCCAGCUCUGAACCUUUCCUACAAGGGAUUAGACUGCUGCUGACAAAUAAAGCCUACAUGAUCCUGCUGGUGUGUUUCGGCUCAGGCAUCGGCAUCUUCACCUGUUUCUCCACAUUACUCGAGCAGAUUCUCUGCGUCAAGGGUUACUCAAGUUACUUUGCAGGUUUGUAUGGCGCCCUCUUCAUCUCGUUCGGGGUGCUUGGAGCUGCUAUCCUUGGCUUUUUUGUGGACAAAACAAAGCUGUUCACCGAAUCUAUUAAAAUCAGCAUGUGCUUAACGUCUCUGGUCUGCACCGCGUUCGCAGUGGUUUCUCAAAUGAGGGAGCAGAAAGUUGUAAUUGGUUUAGUUUGUGCUUUAUUUGGCUUAUUUGGAUUCGCCACCUAUCCGGUUGCCAUGGAGCUGUCAGUCGAGUGCUCUUACCCUGUUGGAGAGGCGACAUCAGCAGGGUUCCUCUUUAUCUCAGGGCAGUUCCUGUCCAUCCUGUACACCUUGCUGUUACAACAACUGACGACGAAACUGACCGACUCCUCUCUGUCUGUGUGCGCUGCAGGUGAUGAUGCCAGCCUGAGCUGGAUGGUGCCUGUGCUGGUGAUGGCUGGAUUGUGUUGCUUAGCUUCCUGCUCCUUCGUCAUCUUCUUCCACACACAGUACCGGCGACUUAAUGCAGAGGCCAAAGCUGCUGAAAACCACUCCAUACAGACAGAGACACAAGGAGCGAUGAACAACAGCACAGAUGCAUGAUGGGACACGGCCUCCAGCAGCAUAAACAGGAAAAGCCAGCAGAAUAAACCACUGAAGUUCCCCUGUACUGUAACUACUUUUACAUGUUUUUAAACUCAGGUGUGUUUUUGUUUUACUGGAGGAUUUUGUUACUUUCUGAAUUGUUUUAAACAUAAAGCACAUAUUUUUUUAAACAUAGUUACUAAUUUUGGACAUUCAGGUACAGGUACUAAAGCCUCCACAUUUCAAAAUGGAUUAACAUGAUGCAUUAUUUCCUGUUUUCUAUGCGGUACAGUACAUAAAGAUGUCAAAAUCACAACAGCAGUGAUUUUGAUCAUAUGAAGUGGUAUAAAUGCAGCAUUUUUAAGCACUAAUUUUAUUUAUAUAAUAUGCAUGGUAUGAAUGAUCAGGCAUAACAUUAUGACCACUGAGAGAGGAGGAGAUUAACACUGAUUAUCAUGGCACCUGUUAGUAGGUGGGAUAUAUUAGGCAGCAAAUGCUCAAAGUUGAUGUGUUACAAGCAGGAAAAAUGAGCAAGUGUAAAGAUUUGAGCGAGACUGACAAGGAUUGUGAUGGCUAGACCACCGGAUCAGAGCAUCUCCAAAACUGCAGCUCUUGUGGGGUGUUCCCGGUCUGCAGUGGUCAGUAUCGAUCAAAAGUGGUCCAAGGAAGGAACAGUGGUGAACUGGAGACAGGGUCAUGGCCGGCCAAGGCUCAUUUAUGCAUAUGGGGUGCAAAGGCUGGCCCGUGUGAUCAGAUCCAACAGACGAGUUACUGUUGCUCAAAUUGCUGAAGAAGUUAAUGCUGGUUCUGAUAGAAAGGUGUCAGAAUACACACUGCAAGUGCAGUUUGUUGUGAAUGGGGCUGCAUAGCUGCAGACCAGUCAGGGUGCCCAGGUGGUCACAGUGUUAUGCCUGGAAGUUAGUGUGUAAAUUUAUAUAUCUAAGGGUCUUACAAGAAUACACUUGAAAUAACCACUGACUGGUUCUAUCAUGGGCAAUUUUCUUUUAUUCCCAAGUGAUGAUGUGCAGACAAACCCUUUUUCUUGUAUAGUUUUAUGCCUUUGGGAGUUUUAAAAUACAUUAAAGUUUAAGAUGCAUUAAAUAAGCAUGACGCUUAGACCUUGAUGAACAAAGGACUUCUGUCAAACAAUACUGAUGUGGAGAUUUUGAGCAGAUUGUGAAAAAUUUAACAUUUCUAAAAAGAUUUGUGACUGCUGAUGCAUUUGAUCUCAUCUCACCACAUCAGGAAUGUUGUGGAUGAAUUAAGUUUACGUCCUCUACUCAGUGCUACUACACUGCCAUGACUGUGUGGUGUAUAGGGUGUAACCAAACUAAAAUAAUUUCGAAAAGGAUUUUUUAUUUUAUUAAAACUGAAGAUGUUAAGCUGCUUAAGGGCUUCUAGAUGAGCUAGACCAAGGGUUGUAUUUUUUUUUCACUAUAAAAUGUUUCACUGCGUCACUCAGUACAGAUUUAAUAAAUUAAAAUUAUUUAAAAUGUGUACAAUAUUGCAGUGAUAAUUGCCUGCUUUUUUAGAAACGAAGCAAUGUAUUCUACUUUCUAGACCAUUCUUUCCACCAAUAAAACGCAUGAGAUUCACAGUGCAACUUGUUCUAGGCUACAUGUUCUCGAGUUAUGGUCUGGAUUCAAUUCAAGUGACCAAACAGACUAAUAACUAUAAAACCCAAGCAAAGAAAAACUUGGUGGGUUGUAAUGGAAAAAAAAAAACUAGAGCUAUACUUCAUGGACCUCCUCAGUUUCACCUCAUUGUCAAUU